GAAUGAAGCCACAUGAUACUGUACCAAGUCAGGUUAAUUUGUCCCAACCCUUUGUGUCCACUGCUCCAACAAGCGGUGGCAUCAAUUCCCAGGCCGGGGUGUCGUCCAGACUGUUGCAGGAGACUGCCUCACACCGUAGUAAGACAACACAGAAGUAUGUGUCCACCCAGCCACAAGUUGUCCCCAAGACAUCAACAACUUCAGUGAAUGGGAGCAAACCAAGCCAAGAAUUCAAAAAGCCUGUGGAUGUUUGUCCCAAGGCAGUAAUCAGCAGUGUACAUGUACCUUCACAAGGGGCAAAGAAAACAUUGGUCAAUGAAACUGCUAAUAAAUUCAAGGUGUCAGAUAGAGCAAAACCAAAGUCUACAUCUAUGGAAACGUUACCACAAAGACAGCAGAAAGGUUCAGUAAAUAAUGCAAACCAGUCAAAAGCAGUUGAACAUGGAGCAAAUGGGACUCAUUUUAGAAGUAGCACGUCAUCUUCAAAUCAGACUGAUAGAUCUAAAAAUCAAGGCCAGCCUAAAGCAACAGAUAAUUCAGCCGGUUACAACGACAGUUUGGAUGAAAAUGUCGAGGCAAGUAGACUGGUUACCCAGGUACAGAAAACCAGUCCAGUCCAUGUACAGGAACAGCAAGAGAGACGGAACCAGUCUAGGGCACCAGGGGACAGCACCCUGGACCUGGCAGGCAUGGAGGAGGUGAGGCAUCAGCUCCAGUCAAUGAUGAGACUCUCCCAGGCUCACAUGUCACCUCAAGAACGCAGCCAAUAUGAGCAAUCUGAUAUACUGGCAGGCUUUGGUGUGGACUUUGGGGACCAGGCUACAAAUAUGGAUAUGUCUUGGGCACCAAUGAGAAAGCCUGAUGAGGAGAUCCAGGAGACGUUUCCCAGCUUCAGCUCGCAAUACUUCACAGACAGCGGGAACCAUUCACGGUCUGAUGCCUCAGUGCACGCCGAGAACCAGAGACUGAGAGACAUGCUUGAGAAGGAGAGAUACAGGCGACGGCACUGUGAGCAGUAUAUUCAGCAGCUUAAUGUUAAGUUACUGGAGACCCAGCAGCAGGUGGCGGUCGCUGUGUCGACAGACAAGCGCAAGGACAUCAUGAUAGAACAGCUUGACAAGCAAUUAGCGCGGGUUAUGGAAGGUUGGAAGAAGAGAGAUCAGGAAAAGGAAGAAAUGAUGGAAGAGUUGAGGAAGGAAAAAGAGGAAAUAGAAGAUAAGAUGAUGCAGCAGAAACAGAUGAUAAACAACUUUGAGCAUGAUAUGUCUGAAGCAGUGGAUGCUUUACGCAAGGAGAAGGAAAAGGCUGCAAAUGAAAUAGAAGAACUCAAAGCUAAGCUGCAAGAUGAAGGCCGUAGAUACCAGCACACAGGGGACCUACUGGAAGGGGAACGGGAGAAGGUGGGGCUGCUACAGCAAGAGUGUGAGAGUCUGAGGGAGGGCAGGGAGACCCUCGACAAGAAACUGGACAACAUGCAGAGACGCCUUCACAGGGAGCAGGACGAGUGGUUUCAGAGGGAGCAGGAGUUACUACAGAGGAUUGAGGAGGUCUCAGAUAAAAACACGAAGAUACUACAGUCAGAAAGGGCCAAGAAUGAAGAGCAGGUAAAGUUGGCAGAGGAGAUCAUGGACCAGUAUCAGGAGACCACUAACAGGCUGAAAAAGAUGGAGUUGGAACUGGAUGCUGCCCUCAGGGAGAAGGAGAGUGUGAAGGUAGAGAUGAGCAUCAUGGAGGCCAAGUUUGAGAAUGCCCAGCGAGUCCUGGAGGCAGACCUGCACUCCACCAUGGAGAAACAGAUCGCUGAGCAGAUAGCUGAUGUACAAGUGCGUCACGAGGUAGUUUUAGACGAGACUCGAGAAAAACAUCGGCAGCAGAUCCUGGACCUUAGUAGGCGCAACGGGACAGAAAUGGAGAGGCAGCUAGCGGUAUUCAAGGAGGAGGUCGCUAGAAAGGAGGAUGAGUUUAGAAAGCAGUUUCAGGAAAUGGAAACUAGGUUGAUGGAAUACAGAAAUGAAAAUUCAGAACUUAAGCGGUCGAAACAGAGGUUAGAAUCUACCAGACUGGAGAUUUUGACCAAACUUCAGUAUGCGAUGCAGAGCCAGUGGAAUGAGGCUCUAUCUCUACUGUCAGCUACACCUCAGAGGAGGACCACACAGAGCCGUACUGAUGAUGCAGAUGACACAAAUUCAUCUAUUUUGACCACCUCUACAAGCAUCCCAGCUGUGAACUUCUCCUUACUCACUCCUAGACCACAGCCAGCCAAUCAGGCAUCAGAAUCUCACCAUUCAACCAAUCAAAAGGAGCCACACACUCCCCCAAGGCAGCAGCAUACCAAUCAAAGCCAUGCACACAGUCUGACCAAUCAGAUGUCUCCUACCAUGUCAUCAGCCAUUCACCUCAGUCCUGUGCUAGGGAAAUCAACCAAUCAGGACCAUGGUUCCAUACUGAGUCCUGGCAGGGAAAGUUAUGUUUCCCACUCAACAGAGAAGGAUAGGGAUGAUGCAAACAUCGAAACGGCUGCACUGUCACAUUUGAAACAAUUUCAAGAUUAUCUAAACAGUUUCACAAAGACCCCUGAGUUGAUAUCUAGCAUCAACAGUCAAGCUGAGAUGCAUGGUGGGGGCUCUGUCACUAGCACCCCUAGAUUGCCAUCACCACCGGAGAUAGCUGCACUGCUGUCCACUCAUCUGCAUAAUAUACAGCAUAUGGCACACCACCCAGCAGUCCAAAGCCAAUCAGGCCAGGCCUUUCAUCCAGUGAAGUCUUCAGUAGCCAAUCAAAUGCAAGGUGCAAGACUCUUCAACCAACCAUCACACUCAUUACAUUCAGCCUCCCAACCAAACUCUCUAUUAACCAAUCAGAGAGAGCUUGACCUUUCUCAGCAACAUUCUAGUCUUCCUGCUAGUCUCAACUUCCAGCCAAUCUCAUCCACCAGAUUUCCUGUCAAUCAGACAGAAACUCCACCGCCAAGGAUGAAACCAUCCAAUCAGAUUGAACUUUCUCAUUCAAAUUUAAAUCAAACUGACAUCACUGUGUACAGCGACUUAGCCAAUCAGACUGCAGCUUCAAUGCCUGGGAUGUUGUGGGAUGGAUCUAACAGAGCAGUGCCAAUACGUCCACCUCAGCAGUGUGACGACGCUUAUGCAAAUGAGGAUAAUCAGUCCAUCAUUUCAGGGGUUUCAGUGGGUGUGGCCAGAGGCUACUUCCAGGGCGGUCAGAGUUUCUCCCCGCCCACCAGGCAACACAGAGACAGUGAAAACAAUUCAGUGGACGACCUGACCCAUCAGUCAUACAGACUCAACGAGGACUACAGUGAUCUGUCCGAGCGAGUCCAGAGGCACGAGUCUCACCAGAAUGAGCUCCAACAUUACAUACAGCUGUUGCUGAACCGUUCUCCAAAUGAAGCAAACACUUCGCAGCAUACCGACUCUGUGUUGUCACAGGACAAUGAGGACUUAGAUUUGAAUGACACCGCCCAGGCAGCCCAGCUUCAGAGGGAACUGGACCGUAUCCAGGAGUUACGAACCAAGCAGGAGGUCAAACAGGGGUCAGCGGUCAAAGAUGCCCAAACCAGCAAAAUACUGAGCCCAGACCAGAUUGAAGAGGUUACUAAGUUACUCAACCAGGUCAAAGGUCAAGGUCAACUACCUGACACUUCAUUGCCCAGCAACCCCCAGGUGGCUGAGCUGAUAAAACUGUUGUCUCAGGCCCAGCUUGGUAACCAGUCUGUUGCUAGGAAACCUGGGAGACAGCAUGGUAACCAUGGAAACCAUCAUAGGGCCAUUGGGGUGCGCAGAAAUGUGCACUUUAACCCUAGCAAGGGGGCUGAGGGAGGAAAGCAGGAAUCCAAAAAGCCUGACAAGUCCCAGCAGCUGACCCCCAGCGGUGACCCCAAGGUUGCUCAGUUGGCUCCUGCCAAGAAGGUGGAGAGGAAGCUGGCGGGGGCCGUUGUCAAGGGAGAAAAGCCACAGCCUGGGUCAGCCACCAAGGGAGAUAAGUCUCAGAAACCUGCAGCAUGGAAAUAAGAGGGUCAUCAUACUGGGCCUCUAACCAAGGCCCAUAAUUUUAAACUAUAAUUGAGUGGAAUUAUUCUAAUAAAUGUACCUUGUAAAUGCAGGUACAAGCGCCAACUCCUAUCUCUUGACGGAUUUGCAGACCUAACAUGGGGUUGCAUUUUGGGCCAGGUUGAGUGAAGGUCAAGGGCACUGAUGCUAAAUUAUAUACAAAGUUUUCAUUGAAUAACUUCAGUUAGGAUGGAGAUAAUGUGAGGAAAUGUGCAGGUAGUUUACUGAGGAUAUAGCAAGGGAUUGUAAUUAAAGGGCCAGUGAUUUCAAGGUCACAAUUGCUAAAGAUGGAAAAAGAUUCCACUCAAAAAUUAAGUUCGGAUUAAGGUUAAUUAAUUUGGGUUGUAAGUAUUUAUCUGAAAUUUUGCAUGUAGG